UGGUGAAGAGGAUAAAAGUAAAAGUAAAAGUUAUGUCGUGCCGUCAAGAUUUCGGGAAAGAUGUAGAAUAAUUCCAUUUCCUGACCACACGAUACAGGUCUUCUGAACUAAUCUUUUUGAAGAUGAAGCUGAUGAAGUUCAACGUCAAAGUUGCCUGCUGAAGUCCGUAACCAGGGAUGCAAUUGAUCAAUGCUACAGAGUUAACUGGGAAAUACAAUAUUAUGAUAAUCCCCAUCCGUUGCUUUACCUGUGGGAAGGUGAUCGGCAACAAGUGGGAGAGCUAUCUUGGACUCUUGUCAGCUGAGUAUACUGAAGGUGAUGCACUGGAUGCCCUGGGCUUGAAGCGGUACUGCUGCCGAAGGAUGCUCCUUGGCCAUGUGGACCUCAUUGAAAAGCUUCUCAACUAUGCCCCACUGGAGAAGUAACUGCAUUCUUCAAGUGAAUUAAAAAAGAUUUUGGAGAUUGGAAGGAUUUCAUAUUUUUAUUACUUGUCAUACUGCAAGUUUAAUGAAAGACUCGAGGAAGAAUGUUCCGGUACACAAGGCCUGAAAAGGUUGAUCUGUUAUCUAUCAUUCACUGGCAGAUUCAGGACUACUCAAUGGGUGGGUCACAGAUCCAGCAGACACUAGGGUGAUCAGUGAUGAGGAAGAGAAGGAUGAAUAAUGAUGACAAACUCGUACUCUUAUACAGAAUUAGUAGAUUACGUCAAAAUUUCAUGACCAACCUCAUAUUUUCUUUGUUUGUAUCUGCCAGUGUCAUCAUUUCUCAUAUGGCAGUUUAAGUUAUAAUAAAAUGAAACCAAAA